AUGGGAGGUUGCUGCUCUAAAAAGAAGCCAGCCAAACACGUGCAAGCAGUGCCAAAGGCAGAUAUUGAUUUUGAACUGAGACAAAGAGUUAUUUCUAAAAAUCUUACCCGCAAACAAGCCCAAGAAAUUAUUAGUUAUAACAAGAAAUUCUGCAUCCAGCAAUUUAUUAUGAGCUCAAACUCGGAAAUCAUAAAUAAGCGCAACCCUAAGAGCCAAGAAGAAACCGAGAGCUACCUCAUCUGUAAACUAAAAGAAUUAAUCGAAAAUUUCAAAAAAUCAUUUUGCCAAGGAAAGCAAGGAGAAAAUGUUCCCUAUGACGAUAUUCUUAAAUCUUCAGAAGAGGUUAAAAAUGAAAUCAAAGGAGUCUUCCCUUAUUUUCAUUUCUAUAAUGACUUAUACUCAUUUGAAGCAUGUGGCGAGCUAAAAUGGAGACUUGUAAAGGAUGAAUUAUUAGAAAAGAAAAAGAAGAAAGAAACCAUCAUUAAAUUAUUUUUGGAAAAUGCUAAAGGUUCUUAUAUUGAGAAAGGAAGAAAGGAGCUGGAAGAGAUCAUUGAUUGAGCUUAUCAAUCGAAAGGAAAUAUGAAGGAGCAGAAUUUAUUAAAAAGAUUUAAAGAACAAGCAGCAAGGGAAAGGACUGUUUUAAAAGAGUAUAGAGAAAAGGCAGAUGUAAUUAGAGAUAGUGUGAUUAGCUUAUAUUUAGAUCCAAUGUCCCCAAAAAGUGUGGUAAAAGAAAUUAAUGAAGAAAGCAUUGAAAUCAAAGUUGAGGAUCUGGAAGAAGAAAAAUAUGAUAUGCAUAAAGACAAAGAAGUUAAAAAGGACAAAAAAUUAGAGGACAUGAAAGAAGAAAAUAAAGGGCAAAGGGAAGAGCUGAAAAGUGAAAAUAUCUUAGCACAUAAACUGCCAAGUAAAGAGGAUAGCUUACCGAAAGGGAUAGAAAACAAGCAUGGGAAAAGAUUAGCAAUGCUGGAUAUAAGGGUUGAAGAGCAUGAUUUCAUUUCAGAAGAUGAAAGGAAAAGUGAAGUGAAUGAGAGCAAGAAACAGAUGAAGGCAUCAAUAAAAUCGAGUUCUAAAAUCAAGAUGCCUAUUAUGGUUGAAAAAGAAAAUGCUAAAUCAGACUCCAUUAAAGAAAAAAGCUUUUCUAUUAAGAAAAGUAGCCAAGAUGCACUUAAAGAGGAAAAUAAUAAGGCUUCAUUAAGCCAAGUUGAUACCACUAAUGAGGAAAAAGAGAUUAAAAAUAAAUCGUUUAAGAAAAGCAAGACAAAUAAAGAACUUAGCAAGCAAUUAAAUAUGCAAGAAAUUAAUGAUUCAAAAGAAAAUCAAGAAAUUAUAAAUGAGAAAGGCAUAUACAUAAAAUGGCCGGAGACGAGCGACCCGUCCCUUCGUGGCGGGUGUCCUUAUGUAUACCGGACGUGGUUUUUGGAUGCGGAGAGCUACUCAAGGGAAGAGUUAGCCUCGAGGCGAGAGGCCCAGCCCAAUUUCCGCUGAUUUUGGGACUUGACCCGGGCAGCAGUUUUUCGCAUUCUUUUUGCCAGUAGCGCCGAGGCCCAGACUCGGUGUCCGAAAGAGGCAGGGUGAGUUACCUGCCUAGGCUACUUGGUGGCUUAGCCCCGAAUCCCGCAAGGGGUUGAGUUCUUUCUUGGAGAUGAUCCGGGAAAGAGGGGAGGCGAAGCUAGACUAGAACUCAAGGGCGCAAAGUCUCUCCAGCUAAAAGGGUCCUCUCAGGAGGGCGAUCUGGCCAACCGGAGGCAAAGACUGGCGUAACUCGGGGCGGAAGGCUGAGUUGGAAAUGGUGGUGCCCAGCGACAGUCGGCUGACGACUCAAUAGGGCAGCCCACUACCGAGAAACCGGGGGUUUCGGCCCGGGCUCAGAGAGCCAGUGAUGGAAGUCCAUCCUUUUCGCUCGUGCUAGCACGGCUCCCCAAGGAGCGCGGAGGAAUGUCACGCUUGGAAGUAGGGACUAUAAAUACACAGCAUAUCUAAUCUAAUCUAAUCUAAUCUAAUCUAAUAAUAAAAUGAGAAAGGCGAUCACUUGCGACGUGAACAUAAAGAUAAUUCAGUUAUUUCAAAAACUGAACAUUUAGAGGAGCAAAAAGUAAAAAAAAAUAUUUCUCUUUCAAAUAAAUCAAAUAUCCCGCUGCCUGACUCACAAGUAUCAAAUAAGUUAAAUCCCCCUCCUCCUCCACCUCCACCUCCCCUUCCAAAUAAAUCAAAUCCGCCACCACCGGCUCCAUCUAAUUCUAAUAAAUCAAAUCCCCCACCUCCUCCUUCUCAUAAAUCAAAUCCUCCACCUCCGCCACCACCACCACCACCACUACCUAAUAAAUCAAAUCCCCCGCCACCUCCUCCACUUCCCAACAAAUCCAGUCCUCCCCCGCCUCCACCUCUUCCAAAUAAAUCAAAUCCUCCACCACCUCCGCCCCUGCCCCCGCUCCCCAGCAAGUCAAAUCCUCCAAAAGUCACAUUAUCCUCUAUAAAUCUCAAAAAGCCCUCAACAGAGCCCGAAAAAUCUCCCCUCGCACGAGCUUUAGAUUCCUUCCCAGACAAAGAAAAGCCUCCAGCCCCCAAAGGUGACGAUUUUCUAUCUGAACUAAAGAAUCGUCUUCAAAACAGAUCAAAUGUCCCUGUAAUCCAAUCUCCACAGGAGAAGUUAAAAGAAGAAAUGAGUAAACGCUUCAAUGAAAUCCACAACAAAACUAUAAAAGGUGUAGGAAUUUUGAGCCAAGCCAAAGCUAAUCCAUAUGGUGACGUGGAAAGUAGCAGUGAUUCAUUUUCAGAUUAA